AUGCGGCUAUCACCUGAAGAAGAAGCACUUGUGGAUCAAGAUGUGUUAGACUACUUGAAGUUAGAUCCUCAGUCACCGAGUGAUGAAAUGGACGCAGACCGUAGCAUGACACCACUUGUGGCGCAUGGGGCGGCCACGUGGGACCAACUAUGCGGUGAUCUAGAUGCGCUGCUUUCUCGUAUCUCACUUAGCGUGCCCAAGAGCGAAUUCGGGAAGCGUGUCAUACCGUAUCUCUCCCAUGAGAUUGGUGCUGAAGGGAUACGUGCCACCCCGAAGAUCAUAAAAGGCAUUCAUGAGUUACCAUUUCCGUCUACACUGAACGGAGUUCAGUCAUUUCUAGGCAGCCUGAAUUAUUACCACAAAUUCAUUGAGGAAUAUGCUGUGGUAGCUGCUUCACUCUAUGAGUUGACCGACGAUUAA